CGAAAGCGUUCUAUCAUGCUGUCAGAGGAUUCGAAAAUAGUCAUUUCUAGCGUAAAUAACAUUAGACGACACUUAAAACUGAUACGAUCGAAGUCUUAAGGAUCUAUAUGAACAAGAUCCAUCAAGAAGCCACAGUCGACAAGAGCUGGGGUCAGAAAGGCAGUCCCUGGGAGUUCAACCUGCGUGAUCUGUUUCGAUGGUGUGAUCUUCUCUGUCACAAUCAGGUGAAGGAUCUGUACGAGAGGAUAUUUCCUGAUAGUCUGCCAUUUUAUGUGCCCAGUAGACAAGUAACCAUUUCCAACAGUGUAAUACAGGCAGGACACUCAUUUCUCUGCCGUGAAGAGUUUGUGUCAAGGGAGACAACUCGGUCACUGUACCUCCUUCACCACCUCCUGGAGCGUAUGGAAGCAGUGAUGAAGUGCGUCCAGAUGAACUGGAUGCCCAUUCUUGUGGGGCCUCAGUCCUGUGGUAAGACCAGCUUGGUCCAGCUACUGUCCAGUUUGACCGGCCAUCACCUACAUGUUCUAGCAAUGAACUGUUCCAUGGACACCACAGAACUACUGGGCAGAUUUGAAGAGGCAGAUAUCCAGAACCAUGUAGAGAAACUCGUCUAAACAACUGAAUCUGUUGUCUUGGAUACCACCAUCCUGCUUCUCCAAGGUCAACAUGUCAGUAUGGCAGGGAGGCUGCAACAAUCCUGGAACAGCUUCAGGCAGUGUGAAGAUGCGGAGUUUGGAAUGAAACUGUCGAGUGUAGAAGAGCUAGAGUCUGUCAAGGUCAAGGUCACAUGUCUGACAGAGGUCAUAAGUGACAUUAAGCAGUCUCUCCAGACUCGGACAUCUGAUAAAGGAGCCGAAUUUCUGAAGACAGUAACAGACUUGGAGUCAGAGGUGACCUCCAAGUUAACGCUGACCUAUGUAGGGUCAGGCAGCGGGGGAUUUAAGUGGGCUGACAGCGUGCUGGUACAGGCAUUACAGGCCGGUCACUGGCUACUUAUCGACAAUGUCAACUUCUGCAGGUAUCAAUUGUUCACAGAGAAUAACAUGUUAUGUCCUAAAUUAUGUAACAGAAAGGUAUGCUCAUUGCUUGCGAUCCUUUUAUCCUUUAAAGUAAACCUGCCAAGACUUCGUAUUAGUUUGGUUUAUUUUGUUUAACGUCGUUUUAAUAGCCAGGGUCAUUAAGGGUGUGCCAAGUUUUUGAGGUGGAGAAAAGCCGGAGAACCAGGAGAAAACCACCGGCCUAUGGUCGGUACUAGGCAAAUAUACUACCCCAUGUGGGUUUCGCACUCGCAACCCAGAGAUGGACGGCUAGUGAUAAAGUGUCAGGACACCUUAACCACUCAGCCACCAUAGCCCCUAGACUUUAUGUUAAGUUCUGUUGCUAGAAUAUUUCAACAGCCAUUGAAAUUUGUAUGUUGAUAUACAGAGGAGCCCACUUAUUUGCAUAUCGGUUAUUUGAAUAUCCCGUUUAUUUGCAUAAAAUUCUCAGGUCCCGAUUUUCUUCUU